AUGCAAAUCAUUAGCAAUGCAGAAAGGGGCGAAAAGGCUUUUUUCUACACGAAAGGGCCUCUAUCAUCUCAUGAGGUGGGUCGAGAACCCAAUGAUCUUGUUGCGGAGGCACUUCGAGGGGCUUACGGCAAACUCCUCCAGGAUGUUCUUGUUCGCGUAGAAAUCAACGAUCUUGUUCGAGUAGUAGUGCUUGAUGACCUGAAGGGAGGACUUUUUCACGGCCUUCGUGCGGACAACACAUUUUCGACGGUUGCAGUAGCCAACAACGACGCUAAGAGGAAAACUUUACUACAUUAUUUACACCCAAUUGGAAAGAAAGAUCGGGUUCAUCGGUCAUAUUUACCUAAAUGUAUCGCCGAAGUGGAUUUGCUGCUCGUCGGGUCUCCCACUCUCACUAUCGCCGGCUCGGCGCCCCGCCGGGUCUCACUCUCUCUAUGUCGCCGGCUCGCCGCCCCAUCGGGUCUCCCUCUCUCUCUCUCUGACUCUAUCUCCGGGUCGCCUCGCAGAUCUCACCGUCACAGCUGCUUUUUGCACUCGUCGGCCGACCGUUGUCCGUAA